GUUGGCUUUAGUUGAUGAUCCUUCUAUACAUCUAAUGUAGUAUGCCUUGCGGCUUGAUAACCGAUGCAAGUUAAGAGCAAAGUCCCUUUCCAGACGUUUGUUUCUUUCAAAGCUGCACGCGGCGCCGUCUUGUUGCCAAGCAAUGUUACGGCUUGACUAAAGCUUAAAGAUAAAACACUUCAGGCUAUCGCCGUGCUUAGAUGGUCGCCCUGUAAGGGAGGUCGGUUGCUCGCCCACCGGCUCGCACCAGCGACCCGGCUUCGGAAUGGCCACCGUGCGGGAAGCUCUAAGACUUCUCGAUGAUGUGGCUGAUGAGCUUAAAAUAUAUGAUGAUAAUACUUACAAGCUCGCGAAAGAGCUUCCGGUGCUCAAACGAGCGAAGGACAUGUUGGAGAAGGUCAAAACGGUGCUGAUGUCCAAGGAAGCGGAUGUAUCGUUGGUGACCAGGGACGACUGGCAGAACAUGGCAAGCCUGGUGGGACCGCUGGGGCGCUGCUUUACUGCGUCAACCCCGGCAGCCGCUGCUGCACCCACCACCACCGGAGCCAACAACUCACGCCAUGCCAGCGCCUCCGCGCUGGCUGCGCUGGCCUAUCUCUCCACCCUGCACCCGCACGCCAAAGUCAUCGUAUCCAGCGCGAUCGAGUCGGGCGUCGUGGCUGCGCUCGUUGAAACGCUCCGCAAGUGCAUGCGCAAUCCCACGCAGAACGGUGUCAUCCGCGCCAUGAUGUACAAGCUCAUCGACACCCUCAUCGGCCUCACCGGCUACGCCAGUCCCGGCCAGCUGCGCGCGCUGGUGCGGCAGGACGUGGCGGAUGUAUGCCUGGAGCUGCUGGCUACCCCCAGCGUGGAGCUGGAGAGCAAGAAGCUGGCCUCCAAGACGCUGCUCAACUGCCUGCGCACGCCCGGCCCGCCGCUGCUCAGCGGGCUGCGGGUGGAGCGGGUGGAGCAGCUGAACGGGCUGCUGCAGCAGCUGGCGGCGCAGGUACCGGACCCGGUGACGGUGGC